AUGUCGUACACGUUCAACACGCAGCCCAUCGUGGCACCGGCUAAGAAGAAGGACACCCGCAAUGACGCCGCCGACGCUGCCGUGAAGCACUGCAACCCGCUCUCGUCGAGUGAGCACGGGAGGGCGGCCGUCGCCGUCGACGGCGACAGGGGCAGCCAGUACGCGCUCAAGUGGGCCGCCGACAACAUCCUCUCCCGCGCCCGGCCUUUCUUCCUCAUCCACGUCCGCAGCAAGCCCACCUUCCUCCAGGGCCCCGGUGGUAAGCAGUUCGCCAUAUCACACGUACAGGAUGACAUUCCGGCCGAUUUUCAUGCUCAGAUGGAUCUUCAGGCUAAAGAUCUGAUGAUCCCCUUCCAGUGUUUCUGCAGCAGGAGAGGGUUGCAAUGCAGGGAAAUUGUCCUGGAUGGAACAGAUGUGUCGAAAGCAAUUGUUGAUUUUGUUGUGAGCAACAAGGUCGAUAAGUUAGUACUGGGGUCAGCAUCCAGGAAUGCAUUUACAAGAACAAUAUGGAAACUGGAUGUGCCAACAUCUGUCACAAAAUCUGCACCGACCUUCUGUUCAGUGUAUGUGAUAGCAAAAGGAAAGAUUUCUUCUUUCAGGCCUGCCACUUAUGCAAAUGACACAGGCAAAGAAGAUUUGAAAUCUGAUCUGCCUGGACACAAUCUUUCAAGGCCUAUACCAGUACGUGCUCUGAUGCCCAUUUAUGCCAGUUCUGAUGAAUCAACAGAAGAUGGAAGCUUCAUGUCAUCAGAUCAACAACGGCAUAGCGACUCUUCAUCUGUACAAACAGCAUCUUCAUGCCCAAGUGGAUUCCUAAACGACGUUGAUCAGCAAUAUAGACAUCCAUUGCUUUCUCUGAAUACGGACAAUGAACAAGCAUCUCAUGCUCCACGUAGACAAUUCCUUGGAUUUGAUGACUCAAGCCUCAAGGAUAGCACUCUAAAUCCUGGAUACAAUGAAGAUGAUGAAGCUGAACUAAGCCUCUUCAGAAUCGAACGGAAGGAAAAGAAUGGCGAUAUGCUUCCAUGGAAUAAUUACACAGAGGAACACAAGGAGAUGGCCAGAAACCCAGAAAGCUCUUCCAUCCCCCCAUCUCACAGAAACAAACCGGAGGCAGAAGCAGAAGCAUGUUCUCAGUCAGCAAUUGGACCAAAGCAUAAACUCCUGACCCUCGACCCUCCACCUCGCGACGCUCAACGUGGAGAAAGGAUUACAGAGGAGUUGAAAGAUCAUGAUUUGCAGGAUGUCAUUCACCCGAUCUUGAGACGCUGGCCACCGAUUAGCUCGCCUAGAGAUGACAACAGGACUGGGUCUACUCCGGAAGAGACUCGCAAGCUUGACCUCAAGCUUAAAGCCUUGCCAAGGCCAAUUGAGACUAAAAGGAUGAUAGAGUGCCUGCCUACUAGGCUGGAGUGCAGAAUAUUUACCGCAGACGAUAUCACGAACGCGACUAAUCAUUUCGCCGACGAGCUGAAGAUUGGAGAAGGAGGCUAUGGACCAGUCUACAAGGCCACGCUUGACAACACUCUUGUGGCCAUCAAGAUCCUCUAUUCUAAUAUAACUCAGGGACUCAAGCAGUUUCAACAGGAGGUUGAGCUGCUGAACAACAUUCGUCACCCGAACAUGGUGCACCUGGUCGGGGCGUGCCCGGAGUACGGGUGCCUGGUGUACGAGUACAUGCCGAACGGCAGCCUGGAGGACCGCCUGUUCUGCCACUCCGGCACGCCGCCGCUGCCAUGGCAGCUGCGGUUCAGGAUCGCCGUUGAGAUCGCGAGCGGCCUGCUGUACCUGCACAAGAUGAAGCCCGAGGCGUUCGUGCACCGCGACCUCAAGCCGGGCAACAUCCUGCUGGACGGCAACUUCGUGACCAAGAUCGGCGACGUCGGGCUGGCUCGCAUCAUCCCGCGGUCCAUGGACGGCGCCGCGGCGACGACGCAGUACCGGGAGACGGCGGCGGCCGGCACCUUCUGCUACAUCGACCCGGAGUACCAGAAGACGGGGCUGGUGUGCACCAAGUCCGACGUGUACGCGCUGGGCGUCAUCUUCCUGCAGAUGGUCACCGCCAGGGAGGCCAUGGGGCUGGCGUACACCGUCUCCGACGCGCUGGAGGAAGGCACGUUCGCCGACCUCCUGGACGGCAAAGUCACCGGCUGGCCCGUGCAGGAGGCGCAGGCCUUCGCCGAGCUCGCGCUCAAGUGCUGCGAGAUGCGGCGCAGGGACCGGCCGGACCUGGAGACCGUCGUCAUGCCCGAGCUCAUCCGGCUGCACCGGCUCGUCUCGCCGUCAGAAUAUCCUUCUUCUUCUUCUUCCUCACUUCCUCCUUCCAUGGAUCAAGCUCAUCACCGUUCAGCAAGUGACAAGACAUCACAGACCUGGAACCCUUUCGCCAACACGAGGCACGAGGCGUACCUGCCGCCGCUGACAGAGCAGUACGUCGCCAAGGAGGUGGACUUCAUCCUGGCCAGAGGAUGGGUGCCCUGCUUGGAGUUCGACAAGGCCGGGACGACGAUCCACCGGAGCAACAGCCGGAUGCCGGGGUACUACGACGGCCGGUACUGGACGCUGUGGAAGCUGCCCAUGUUCGGCUGCACGGACGCGGCGCAGGUGCUCCGGGAGCUGGGCGAGUGCCGCCGAGAGUACCCGGACGCCUACGUCCGCCUCAUCGCCUUCGACAGCUCGCGGCAGUGCCAGUGCAUGUCCUUCGUCGUCCACAAGCCCUCCUCCGGUGCUCCGGCGGCCGCGUGCACCGUCUACAGCUGA